AUGAUUUAAAAGGAGAAUCAAACAUUCAAAUACCCAUCAAUUAACUAUUGCAAUCCCAAUUCCUCAUUUAGAAGAUAUGUAAAAGAUGAAACUUACACUCAAUGUAUCAUAGAACUCAAAGUGGAGGAUUACCAACGCUCAUCUAUUUCAACUGAAGGAUCAUUUGACUAUUCACAAUCUUUAAAAAUUAAUAAAAAGACUAAAAUUCACAAAAACAAAGAUAAAUAAUUACCACAAAAAUCAGAAACAAAGAACAUACCCAAAAAUUUUGGGGUUUUGCUCAAGAAAUAUUUAUGUACUCUUUAUACUAUUUUAUUAGGUAGUAAAAAUGUAGAAAAUUAAGCAAUCAAAGCAUUCUUAAAGAAUGGAGAAAACAAAAAGAAUUUCUCAAGACAAGAUUUCACUCGUCUUUUUAAUGAUCCUUAUGCAGCAGACCUAUCCAGAGAGUAUUUCUCAGGUUUUUAAAUAAUACAUGAUCUUAUGAUAAGUGAAAAAAUAUAGGAUGUCAAAAAUCAUCUCAAGUAUAUAAGUAAAUUUUAUAAUUCCACUUAUAAUAAAUAAGAGCUUGAUGAACUUAAGUUAUAAUGA